UGCAAAAAUAAAAUAAAAAACAUUCUAAAUCCUCAAAACCGUUGUUCAAACGUAUCGGUUCUUUUUUGCCCUAAUUUCAUCGAAGAAAAUCUCAGGUAUUUUUGAAAUCCAUCUACGUUUUUUUUUAUUUUCCACGAAUUUGAUUUGCGGGAGCUUUGGAAGAUGUGGAGUUCGAUUGCGGAUUUGAAAGAGAAUUUGCAUAAGAUCGCGCUUGAUGUACACGACGAUGAGGACGAAGAACGCGAGAUCUACGGUUCAGGGAAUGGAGAUCAUUGGCCAUUCUUUGAUAGAAGGAACUCUCAUAGGUUUGCCCAUUCAAAGCCCGUUUCUGUCUCUCCGAUCGCUAAUGGAAUCGAUUCGCCGAUAAAUUCUGAGGUUGAAAGAUACAGAGCAGAAAUUAAGAAGCUUCAGGAAUCUGAGGCAGAAAUUAAGGCUUUAUCAUUCAAUUAUGCUGCUCUAUUAAAAGAAAAAGAGGAGCAAAUUUUGAGGCUGAACCAAGAAAAUGGCUCAUUGAAACAAAAUUUGAAUGCGACAAAUGCAGCUUUGAGUGCAGCUAGAAGUGAAAGUUCCAAAGUAUCUAGUAAUGGAAUUAAUGCACCCAAGGGAAAUGGUGAUCAGUCACCACACCAACUGCGUAAGUCGGCAAGUCUAGUAAAAAAUCGUCAUGGUGGAAACCAAAUGUCCAAUGGUCUUACCUCUAAACAUGAUGGAAGAGAAAAGGAGCUUGCAGAUUUGCUGGAAGAGAAAAAUAGGUCCCUGGAGGCAGUUCAAGCUAGUCAUGAACAACAAAUAAAGCAAUUCAAGAUGGAACUUGAAAAAGAGCGUGAUAAACUAGUGAAUGUACAGAUGAGAUUGCAAGAGGAGCACAAGCAGAAUGAGUCUUUUCAGGAGGAGCUUAAGUUACUGAAAUCAGAGAAGGAUAAAACGUUCACUGAGUUGAGCAAAUUACGCAGUGAAUUGAAUGGAAAAAUGGUAGAAAUAAGACGUUUGCAAAUGGAGUUGAAUAGACAGGAGGAUGAAAGUACAGAUGAUACACAGGAUAAUUUGAAAAGAGCGAUUGCCACCUUGGAGAAAGAGAACACUCAUCUAAAGAUGGAGAAGAAUGAACUUGAAGCUGCCCUGGAAAGUAGCAGGAAACCUUUAACUGGCAAGAUCGAUCCCAAUGCUUCAGAGACUCUGAAGUUAGAUUCAUCAGGAAGUUCUCCCCGGAUGCAAGAAAUGGAACUAUCACUGCAGCAAAUGGAAAAGGAUCUGAAAGAAACAUGCCGUGAAAGGGAUAAGGCUUUACAAGAAUUAAGUCGUCUUAAGCAACAUUUGUUAGAAAAGGAAUCUGAAGAAUCAGAAAAAAUGGAUGAAGACAGCAAAAUUAUUGAAGAACUUCGUGAGAGCAAUGAAUAUCAAAGAGCUCAAAUUUCACGCUUGGAGAAAGCCCUGAAGCUGGCAAUGGCAGGUCAGGAGGAAGCUAAGAUGACAAACAACAACGAACUUCAGAAGUCUAAGGAAAUCAUAGAUGAUCUUAACAAGAAACUUGCAAACUGCAUGAGAACAAUAGAUGCAAAAAAUGUCGAACUACUAAAUCUUCAAACUGCUCUCGGUCAGUACUAUGCUGAAAUUGAAGCUAAGGAGCAUUUGGAGCGAGAUUUGGCUCUAGCUAGAGAAGAAUCCUCUAGACUUUCUGGUCUUCUGAAAGAUGCAGAUCAACAAGUAGAAUUAUCAAAGAGGGAAAAGGAAGAAAUUCUGGCAAAGCUUUUGCAAACUGAAAGAAUGUUAGCAGAAGGGAAAGCAAGAGUAAACAAGCUUGAGGAAGAUAACAGUAAGCUAAGGCGUGCUCUUGAGCAUAGCAUGACAAGGCUUAACAGAAUGUCGAUGGACUCUGAUUAUCUUGUUGACAGGCGUAUUGUGAUCAAACUACUUGUGACCUACUUCCAGAGAAACCACAGCAAAGAGGUUUUGGAACUUAUGGUUCGGAUGCUGGGAUUCUCAGAUGAAGACAAGCAGCGGAUAGGUAUUGCUCAACAAGGUACUGGCAAAGGUGUUGUUCGGGGUGUUUUGGGUCUACCUGGUCGUUUGGUUGGUGGCAUCUUGGGUGGAGGUUCGGCUGAUGUACCUGCAAGUAUAGCCCCUGAUAAUCAGUCAAUUGCAGAUCUAUGGGUUGAUUUUCUACUCAAGGAAACCGAAGAACGAGAAAAGAGGGCGGAAGAUGCUAGUAAAUCCAAUGAAGACCUUAAUGGAAGAAAUCCAAAUGCUACAGGACCUACUACAUCUGCGACUGACCAAACAACUGGCGGUUCUGGUUUCUCUAGGUCUAGUUUCUCUCCGAGCCCCACACCUUCAGUAGGAAAUCUUCGGCAGUAUGAACAUUCAGAUUCUGAAUUCUCGACCGUUCCCCUCACGACAUCGGAAGGUAGUGGUCGUUUAUCAAGAUUACUACCAAAAUACUGAAAAGGGUUUUCUCGGAUGAUGUAAUUAUUCCAAAAGGUAUAGUUUUCUUUAUUGGAUGUUGUAGCCAAGAUGAGUUCUAUCUUCUAAAGUCUUCGACCAAUUCCUUCAUAUACUUGAAAUAAAAGAUGAAAUCCCUCCCAUUGUUCAUUGUUGCUCUGUUUAUAUGGAAAAAUGGAUAUUGAUGACAAAGAAAUACUAGAUGACAAUAAAUUUGUGGCAUUUGAUUUGUA